UACAUUUGCACUUGGAGACAGUAGACGCCAUCCAAGAAAAAUGGCGGCACGUAAAUAGACCAAGUUUUGCAAGAAUUACGACAUGUAGCCUAGACAUGCUAUUAAAACAAGGCUUGCUCUGGUUCUAAAGCGACACCAUGCCCGAAAAAGAGGACAGCGGUGAUAAUGUCCGCGUUGUGGUACGAUGCCGCCCACUGAAUGAAAAAGAAAAAGGUUCAGGCUGCAAGAUGUGCGUAAACGUUGACGAGGGAACUGGAUCAAUCGCCGUCACACCGCCUGGGGGACGGUCUAGCGAACCGCCGAAGAAGUUUACGUUCGAUCGUGUGUUUAACGUGGACUGCAAACAGACAGAUGUAUAUACUGAUGCGGCCAGAGGCAUUGUGGAAUCCGUCCUCGAGGGUUACAAUGGAACAAUAUUUGCAUAUGGUCAGACUGGAACAGGCAAAACAUUCACUAUGGAGGGAGUUCGGUCUGUGCCAGAGCUUCGUGGCAUCGUCCCUAACUCCUUCGCUCACAUCUUUGGUCACAUAGCCAAGGUUGACGGACACGUUAGGUUUCUUGUGAGGGUGUCUUAUCUGGAAAUCUACAAUGAGAAUGUGCGGGAUUUGCUUGGCAAGGAUCAAAACGCUAAGCUAGAAGUAAAAGAGCGCCCUGAUAUUGGAGUUUAUGUUAAAGACUUAUCAUCCUACGUUAUGAACAAUGCUGAUGAUUUGGACAGGACAAUGACUCUUGGAAAUAAAAACAGGUCUGUAGGUGCAACUAACAUGAAUGAGCGCUCAUCCCGUUCCCAUGCCAUCUUCAGUAUUACUGUAGAAUGUAGUGAGAAAGGCCUUGAUGGACAGCAACAUGUCCGAAUGGGAAAGCUGCACCUUGUUGACUUAGCGGGCUCUGAGAGACAGGCCAAGACAGGUGCUACUGGCGUGCGCCUUAAGGAGGCAACACAGAUUAACCUGUCGCUUUCCACCCUUGGAAAUGUCAUAUCUGCACUGGUGGAUGGAAAGAGUACACACAUACCCUACAGGAACUCCAAGCUGACAAGGCUACUGCAGGAUUCACUUGGAGGCAACUCAAAAACAAUCAUGAUUGCUAACAUUGGUCCGGCUGAUUAUAACUUUGAUGAAACCAUAAGCACACUGAGGUAUGCUAACAGAGCCAAGAACAUAAAGAACAAAGCCAAGAUCAACGAGGAUCCUAAAGAUGCCUUACUCAGAGAGUUCCAGAAAGAGAUUGAGAAAUUGAAGGCACAGCUAGGAGAUGAGGGAGAAGGAGGUGAGGAAAGCUCAUCAGAGGAGGAAGUGGAGGUAGAAGGCGUUAUGGUCAAACGCAAAAAGAACAAGAAAGGUCAUGCCAUACCCCCAGAGAAGAUAGCUGAGAUGAAAGCAAAGAUAGAAGCUGAGAAGCUUCAGCUUCAGGAAAAGAAAGACAUGGCUGAGGAAGAGAAGAACGCAGUAGCUAAGGAACUGGAAAAACGAGAAAAGGAUCUUAUGGAGGCUGAGGAAGAACAGAACAAGCUCCAGGAGAGACUCAAAGCAGUAGAGAGUAAGAUCAUUGUUGGUGGGGUGAAUUUGCUUGAAAAAGCCAAAGAACAAGAACUACUUCUUGAGGAGUCUGCCAAGGAGUUGGCAGAAAGGAGGGAGAGGCAAGAGAACCUGCAGAAACUCAUCAAGGAGAAGGAGCAAGAGCGGAUUGACAUUGAAGAGAAAUAUGCCAGCUUGCAAGAAGAGGCAUCAGGAAAGACAAAGAAGUUGAAGAAAGUGUGGACAAUGCUGAUGAGUGCUAAGUCAGAGAUGGCUGAUCAGCAACAAGAGCACCAAAGAGAGACUGAAGGACUUCUAGAGAACAUCCGUGAAUUGAGGCGUGAACUGCAACGUCAAGUGCUUAUCAUAGACAGUUUUAUUCCUGUUGAAUUCCAGGAGCUGGUUGAGCAAAAUAAGCUUUGGAAUGAUGAGAUUGGAGAAUGGCAGCUGAGGUAUAUCGCAUACACCGGUAACAAUAUGCGACGUGCCACACCAAGUCCUGAUCCCAAAGACAAACAUAAGGAUGUGAAUGAUACGGAUAUAUCUGGUGUCUACCUAAGCUACAACCAAGUUGGGUACCCUUCCUCAAGCCAAGACCCAUCAAGGCCCAAAACUGGUAGACCAAAGACUGCAGGCCGCCCAAAAACUAGCAAAAAGAAGCGAGCGAGUUCCAGUACUGAUGCUGGUGCUACUAACAACAGCACAUCCGAGAAUAAGGAAGAUGCAGCUAAUUUCCCUCAGUCACGACGAUUACUUAGCCCAAAGAAGCACUAUCUAUGAAAUUGAACAUCUUCAGUUGCUCCGCGAUUCUAAAGGCAUUUACUUAGACAAAUGCAUCUAUGUACAUACUGCAACCUUGCUUUUAAAAUCAGUCAUUCAUUAAUCCAUAAAACACUAAAUUGAAAUUAAACUAUAUUCAUAAACCCUUUCCCAUUUGGGCACUUUGUUUCACGGGUCUAUGAGAAACCACUCCUCCAGUAGAAAGGUUGCAAUAAGCAUCAAGAACUUUAAGUCACUGUGUAAAAUUAUUUAUUGGACCAAGAUAGAAUGAAGUGCCUCAGUAAAUUAGAUAUAAAUAACAACUUCAUGUGCAAUACUACCUUAUGAUAUAACAGGCAGUAAUAACUUGGGUUCCAUUGGCCAGAAGAGCCCCUUCAAGUGGCCUCCAAUUAUAUACAUUUCUCCCUAAAUAUUUUAGCAUUAAACACUAUUUUAACAUUAUCUUCUUGAAGAUGAAAUCUACACUGAACCACAUUUUAUGCGGUUCACCAUGCUUUUCAUAUAUUAAAAUUCUCAUAAUAUUUUAAA